AUGGCGACCAGGCUGGCGGCGGCCAGAGCCAGGCAAGUCAGCAGCAGGUCCACCUUCAUGCUUCACAGGUUGCCCCGCCGCAACGGAGGCGACGCCAGCAUCGCCGGGGUCCACAGUGACCCCCAACGACUCCACCAGCUCCACCAGCUCCACCAGCUCCACCAACCCUGCAGACUAACGCCGGUUGUUCUGGUCAAACAUCCCACGACUGCUGACAUCAUAGUCACCUGCUUCGUCUCGGAGGAGUGCGUGCUUCCCUGCAGUUUCCAGCCGGGCAGCGAGGAGACCAUCGAGUGGUUCAGACAGGACGUGAUGGUCUACAAGUUCAAGCGGGAAGAUGGCGAUGGGGACGAUGGGGACGACGACGACGACGACAGCAGCGAAGAAGAGCACUUGGAGCACGAGAAGUUCGCCAGCGGAGUCUCCAUUUUCCCUGACUUGAUAUCCCGCGGCAACGCCUCGCUGAUCCUCAGGAGGAUCGGCCUGAAGGACAGAGGAACGUACAGGUGUCACGUGACCACCUCGCAGGGCGAACACAACGCCAAGGUCAUCAUGAAGGUGCAAGGUCCUGCGACCCGUCACGCGCAUGCUGGCCGACAAACAGGGUCUGUACACGGUGGACAGCCGCCUCAAGACGCUGGACGGGCAACCCAACCUCAUCUACAUCUGCAAGGUCACGACCUCCUUCGGGGGCCGGCCUGGAACGCCUCGUUCAGGGACAGAGAAAUAAAAGGAGCUGAAGGGAAAGACCUGACCAUCCCCUGCUCCGCGCCUCCUUACCUGAACAAGCCCCUCCUCCACUGGAGCUUCUCCAACGGCGAGGACCCAUCCCACAUCCUCACCUACGACAGCCGGUUGGGGGACAGCGUCUCCACGCCGCCGUGGGACGACCACGUGGAGCUGGACGGCUUCAAGGUCCAGUUCGGGGACGGCUCCCUGCGGCUUAUGGACCCCAAGCACGCCAAGCACACGGGCCGCUACACCUGCGUGUUCUCGCUGCCGCACAACACUCACACCGAACGCAACGACGUCAUCAUCGACGGACCUGUCGAUGAGCGGAGCACUUCAGAGGAGCCUUCCUAUUGGUGGCUAUUCGGUCUGGUGAUUGCGGUGCUGGUCGUCGCUCUGGUCAGCAUGCUGGCCUGCCUGAAGCUGAAAGGAAGAACCUCAAAGCCCAGAACCGACCCCGAGCAGGUGACAGAGCUGCAUUUAGUCAAAGACUCGCCGGCCGACGCUAACCUGAACGAGAGCAGCCCGUUGACGGUCGGGGGAACCAACGGACAAUCAGGCCUUUCAGACGGCUCUCAGUUAACCUGAGAACAAACAGAAACAACAAGACGACAUCACCUGAGACUACCAACGCACUAAACAAACACACACACAGCUUCACACUGACGAGAAACAAACAGCGUCUUAGAAACUAAUAUAUUUAAAAGUACUAUUUUGUCAUAUUUGGGGGUUUUUUCUGAGGAACUACUUUUGUGAUAUUCCAGAGGAAACCCUGAUAAACAUGCUGCCGUGUAGAACAUGCACUCUAAAAACUUCAGGGUCUCCAUGGAAGGUUCGGGGACCAGAACAUUGCAGCUAUGAACCUGCUGUUGGUUCAGGAAGUCUUUAGGGAAACAAGAACCCUGAAGACGGAUUCUGUUGAACCUUUAAAGCCUGGGACUGGGAAGGAACCGUUUUAAGAACUCAUGAUCAGUCAUCACUUACCUGCUGAGUAGUUUUUUCUAAAGGCUAGUUUAAAGAUCUGAGUUUAAAAAGCGGUGUUAAAAAACGUAAGGCAGGGUAAGGGUACCUUUAGGGUAUCAAACAAAAAAAACAGUAGUAUCGAAACUUCUCCAGUCAAACGAUUCCUGCAUUCUGUCCUUUUCGUACACAUAUAGGAAAAAAAAUGCUAUUUGCUUGGUUUUGCUUGCAGCUAACAGUGGUAACGAUGGUCACAGUGCUAAUGGAGCCGACAGUGCUAACAAUGGUAACAAUGGUAACAGUGCGGAUGGUGCAAACAGUGUCAACAUUGGUAACAGUGCUGACAGAGCAAACAGUGCUAACGUUGGUAACAGUGCUGAUGGAGCAAACAGUGCUAACAUUGGUAAAAUGCAAAC